AUUUAGUUCGCGGCCAGUCCAAUUCUUAUCAAUAAAAAAAAGCCAGUUCCAAGUUGCAAAAAAGUUCAUGGAUUAGCAACUGUAACAGUUUGAGCCAAGAUCUCCGCGUUGCCCACUCCAUUGGCCAUAUGCGAUAAUUGAUUUUCCCGUACAUAAUUUAUGACGCACGAAACUGACAGCCGACUUGUAGAUUAAAAACUGCCACUGACCAGCGGCAAUAAAUCUGUCCGUAUCGCUUUAUUAGAACGUUGGACAAUAAUGCCAGCUCCUGCUCCUUUUCUCCCCUCCAGCAGCCAAUCAUGCCGACCGCCUGCCAAGUAACGCUGCUCGCUGGAUGCCUGCUUCUGGCCAUGAGUUCGGUUCGGGCCCAGUUCUUCUACCACCAGGCGCUGGGUCUGCCGGUUGCGCACGCUUACGAACCGGCCAAUCCGUACCAGGGAUAUGCAACAGCCGAUGCCCAUCCCUCGGUGGUGCGAAAUGCCCAGUGGGAGUCUGAGUUGCCGGCUGAGCUGUCGAAGAGUGCGCGGUUCUACAAUGAUCCCGUGAUCGCUGCCAAUCUGGCCAAGGAAUCACUGCUCACGAAGAAGGAAAUGGCAGUGGUACAUCGUGAGGCGGAGAAAAUACCGCGCGAACAGGUGUACAAGCUCUUCAAGAACGCCGGCUAUCUGAGUAGCAGAUAGAACUCACGAUGCCAGAUGAGUUCCGUUCCCCACGUGCCUUGUUGUAUUUUAGCUUGUAAAUUGUUAAUAUAUUGUACAUAGUACUCUACAUAUUAAAUGUUUUUUCUAU